AAGCUUGAAAUAUCAUUAUCAUUAUAUAUAAUAAAACUAAGUUGAUAAAAUGUGUGUGCCGAUAAAACUUAAAAAGGAUUCCCGAUACGAUAAAGGGACUUAUAUAGUGCAAUAGCCCUUUAUCCCCGCUCGAACAAGUAAGUUCCCGUUUUAACUUAAAGGGCGUAUUUUUAAAGAUAUAAGGGCUUUUCCUAGCAAGCUUGGCUAGCACUAGACCUGGCUCCUCCACCAAAUUUUUAAAUAUUCCCAAUUUUGCCCCUUCGCCAAACUUUUAAAUAUUCCGGUAUUAACAUCAUUAUCAUCAUUAUAUAUAAUAAAUAUAUAUAUUUUGGAGUUGAAGCGAGAUAAGUUUAGUUAUUCAAAUUAUUAAUUAUUAAUUCUGAAAAUAUUUAAAAAUUUAAGUUUUCAAAUUUCGCGCCUUUACUACUUAUGCUAUAGCUGCAGAACUUAUUGUUACGGCGGACGAUAAUGUCGAGUACAUUCUAGAAUGUGUAAAAGAAAAUACUCUCGAACUUUUCCGAAUAUGCUAGAGCCUAGCUCUCUGAAUAUAUAAGGGCCCGGUAUCACCCGCCAGAGUUAGUUCGAUUUGAAAAGCGAUUGCGAAAGGAACUGAAAGAAGUUAUCUGUGAGCAUUUAUUUUGAAGUAUCACGUGUCAGUAUUUUUAAUAGUGUGUUUAAUUAAUUCUCGAUUUUGAAGCCGAGAAGAAAAAAGUCGUCUGUGAGCCUUUAUUGUGAAAUAUCAAAUAAUACAAUGCCUAGACGUAAAAAAGGAGGAGAUCUUGCCAGUUCUGCAGCGAAACGGCGGAAACAAAAAGAACAUAGAAGAAAUGAAACGGAAGAAGAGCGCGAAGCACGUUUACAAAAUCAACGAACUAGGAUGAGAACUCUGAGAAGCACAAAAAAUGAAGAAAGAAAAGAGAACGAAAGUAUAGAAGAAUCGAGAAUUUUAAAAGAUAAUUUAACAAAGGAAGCAUUCCACUACGAACCGACGAAAAAAUAUUACAAUCAUAAACAUGUUGUGAUCGGAAAAAUGGAUAACAUUUGCCAAUUUUGCCACGCGAAAAAAUUCAGUAAAGAAACAGCAGGUCUCUGUUGCAUGAAUGGAAAAAUUCGACUACCACCACUGGAAGCACCUCCACAGGAAUUUCUACAUUACAUGACCGGGGAAACACAAGAAUCAAAACACUUUCUUCAAAAUAUAAGAUUAACCUCAAAGAACCCUGCUUCUCUCACGGUCAGCUAUAUGUAGCUUGCUCAACGGUAGGAAAUCCGAAAAAUCUAUAUAUAUAUAUAU